GGUUGAGCGUUGCGUGCCUGCGCGGUCUUGGAUUACGCUGUUUAAGUUAUUCACAUUUUCAGUCUCUUAAACCUUUAGCUGAUUGGCGCUUGUAGUUUUUCCCGGCUGUGGGUGGUAACGGUUUACGCAAGGUUCAAGGUAUUCAGGGUGUUGAAGCUGGUGUUAAGGAAGAGCCAUGAGCAGUUCGGAGGAGGUGUCCUGGAUCUCGUGGUUCUGCGGACUGCGGGGCAAUGAGUUCUUCUGCGAGGUGGAUGAGGACUACAUCCAGGACAAGUUCAACCUGACCGGACUGAACGAGCAGGUGCCGCACUACAGACAAGCGCUCGACAUGAUACUGGACCUGGAGCCAGACGACGAGCUCGACGAGAACCCGAACCAGUCGGACCUGAUCGAGCAGGCGGCCGAGAUGCUGUACGGCUUGAUCCACGCGCGCUACAUCCUCACCAACCGCGGCAUCGCCCAGAUGAUCGAGAAGUACCAGUCGGGCGAGUUUGGCUACUGCCCGCGCGUCUACUGCGAGAACCAGCCCAUGCUGCCGAUCGGUCUCUCGGACGUGCCGGGCGAGGCGAUGGUGAAGCUGUACUGCCCCAAAUGCAUGGACGUCUAUACACCCAAGUCGUCACGACAUCACCACAUCGACGGCGCCUACUUCGGCACCGGCUUUCCACACAUGUUGUUCAUGGUGCACCCCGAGUACCGGCCCAAGAAGCCGGCCAACCAGUUUGUGCCCAGGCUGUAUGGCUUCAAGAUCCACCCCAUGGCCUACAUCAUCCAGCAGCAGGCCGCCUCCAACUACAAGGCCCCCAUGCGCGCCAUGAACUACAACAACGGCAAGCGGCAGUAGACGCCGCGGCGGCGUGCCGUGCUGGAGCGGCGGGCCUGGCACGCCCGGCGGCGGUGCGGCCGCUGCGGUGGCGAGGCGCGCGUUGGCGCCCUGCUGCGUGCCGCUCGCAGCGUGCGCGCCGCUCUGGCGGCGAGGUACUCUGUCGCCCGACUGUUUGAGGACAUUCCCGGCUCGGGCAGGACGGCCCG